AUGGCAGACUCUACCAUGAGACUCAACCCUGAGGCACCGUUGUUCGUCUACCAUGAUCUCGACGAGCAGAAGGGCUCCUCCCAGCAAAAGUCGCCUACAGGCAGCGGGGUUCUUCAAAAUGAGCCCAGCGGCGACGAAGUUGAAGCGCGUCCUGAAGCCAACCCACAUCUCGCAAACGGCAAUGCGGCCGAAGAUCAGGACCCCGUGGAAGAUUUCUGGACUGCUGACGCCUCCGGUGCUUUCGUGGAUACGAAAGAUGCCCCCGAAGUCAGAGAAGACAACAAUGACCAGACUCAGGAUAACAUCAUCGCACUGGCCAGAGCGAAGUCACCGGAAUGGAACCACUUCCAUGGACCUAGAGAGAGGUGGAUUCGUUUCAAGAUGUCAAACGAGCCCUCCUCCUCCAGCGAACCGAAAUUUCUACCAGCGAAAGCGAAGUUCACACAUGGUGACACGGCAGUUUGUCUUCGGAUUUCUGAUCGACCAGUCGCCGGUAAGCUGGCUUUCCAGGCUUUCGUGACUCGUGCAAAGUCUCCUGUAAAGAAAGAGUUACAUCCUGAGAACGUUGCUCACUCCGCCCGGCUCGAGUUCGACCUUCAUCCCUUUGUUGACCGACGUGUCCAACGUUGUGUCCAAAACUUCUGUUAUACUGAACAUCUCCCUACCAAGGCAAAGGAAGGUGAUGAGACCAACAGCGGAAACGAAGUCGAAUAUAUUGCUCCAUGUUACAUUGGCAUUGAGUUCGAGACUACCGGCGGGGUAUCUCAAGGCCUUCUAGAUGGGCACGAGUUCAACAGCGAGACCACCGAGCUCUUCGCGUACAUGUACAGUCUGACAAGGGCUGCCUCCACCAAGCUCCGUACCGUCAAGUUUCGCGUCGAUGUUGACCCUCAUGAUGUACCAAGACUCACCGGAUUUCUCGAAGCACUGGGCGAUGUAUCCAACUCACUUCCUACGUCAGCAGCUUGGUACCCUUAUCGCGCACACGGUGGAGAACUCCGGAUCCUUUUUGGGCAGCAGAAACCUCGUCUUAUUGUCCACCAAGCCUGGGGCUCGGAGAUGGUGAAGUUCCGUUCGCAAGCGCACUUCUACGAUAUCGAUACUUAUUUGGUCAAAAUGGCCUAUGGCGCUGUACACGAAUGGAGACGGCCUUAUGAGAUGAUCAAAAGAAUUCAACUGAUUCCAGCUUUGAUCAAGUUGAAAAAUAUCGGUGGAUCGAUUGUCGCUAUUGCCAUGCUGGAGAGAUCUGCCUUCAAGGAAGAUCUCCUCCCACCUGAGUUGAAGGGAAUGGACGUGAUUCUGCCCCAGUUCACCGAGGUCCAAGUGAUUGUCCGUGUGCAUAAAGGCUCGGGCUCAGGACCAGGUACUGAAUGGACCGCUAGUGGAUUCACGGUGCCUGAAUACAUAGAGAAUGAAGCCCCUGAUGCCAUUCAAAUCGUCCUCUACGGCGCACGUCUUGGAGAACUCUUGAACACCGACGAGGACAAUGCCAGCGUCCAACUGCCUGGGUCUCUCAAGUUUGGAAUCAACAAAGCACCGAUCAAAAGGUCGAUAAAUGCUCUCGCGAAGCUCAAAGCCAACGAGAAUGGAGUUGCGAGAUGGUUCCCGCUUUUACUCAAUCAUGAGCCCAAUGCUUUGCCCGGCGUUGACCUUCUCCGCGACACCGAUCCGGAAGUCGUCGAGUCAGCGCUGCGGCAUCUCCUUAAGCUAAAGCAGUGGAAUUCCGAGCAAAUCAACGCGUUUCGCUCUCUCCGUAAGACAAAGGCGGGCUGCUCCCUCCUAGAGGGGUUUCCGGGAUGUGGCAAGACCACAGUCCUGGCUGCAAUCGCAAUCUUCUUCUAUCUGUGUGGAUUCAAUAUACUCCUCGUUGGACCCAGCAACGCAGCCGUGGAUGCCUUGACUAGAGGGUUUAAAGAGCUGAGACCUGAUCUUGACUAUGUUCGUGUGCGUCGUGGCGAAGUUGAGAAACGUUCCAGAGCAACGGCAAACCCCAGGGAAGCUGAUGAUGGCAAUGAGAGACAAGCAGAGAUUGAAAGGCAUACUGCUCUUAUCGGCCUGCUCACGACUCUAAAGGAGAUUCGUUCCCGACGGGUGCAGGGAGAUUUGGAGCAGAGCGUUUUGUCUUGGGUUCUGCACAAAUGUGACAGCGCUCUCGCUUCCGGAGAGGAACUCAUCCUGAAUGUCGCCAAGGAUGCCCCGAAACAGCAGACAGCAACCCUCGAUGGCGCCAAACCUGACUCGCCGGUCGACUUGCAAAACGCCUAUCGCGUGGUUCAUGAGUACGUCAGCCAGCCGAAGGUCCCCCGGCCCAAGGACGCGUCCGAAGACGAUCUUGAGCAUUGGUACAAGAGAGAAACUGCAUUCAAGAAAUCGUACGAUGCGGUUUCAGAACUGAUAACCCAAGAGGCUCGUGUGGUUGCUUGCACGAACAAUCUAGCGGGCACCGACCUUGUCAGACGAAACUUCAGUGCCAACGGGAGAAAAAUCAUCAUUAUCGCAGAUGAGGAUGGCCAAGCCACUGAGCCCGACGCCAUUAUCCCUCUAGUGUCUCUCGAUAACGCAGACAAAGUUGUUGGAAUGUUUAGGGGAGAAGAUAAGCAUCAGCUCCCACCUUUGGUUACAACAGCAGCUGAAUAUCCUGGAUACAAUGAGUUCGGUGCUCAAAUCGGAAGAUCAUUAUUCGAUAGACUCCGCUGUGCGGGAUUUCCAGUGGUCAUUGUAUCACAACAACACCGCAUGCAUCCUCGUCUUUCCAAGUUCCCUUCUGACUUCACAUACGAGGGCAGGAUGACAAAUGAUCCAUCCGUAAAAUCAAUUACACUGAGUCCAAUAUUUUCCCAGAAUCUUCUCGAAUGGCUCAAGUCCAAAGCCAACGAUGUCAAAUUCAGAAAUGGGUUGGAGCUUGUCGGGCUUGACGUGGGCGAUGGCGAGGUUGAGAUCAACCAAACCACAUUCUCCAGAUCGAACAAGCGGAAUAUUGAAGAGGUCAUGAACUUGAUUGAACACCUGAUCUCCAACAACGCCCUCAACGGGAUGUCCUGUUGUAUUCUACCUACGUAUGCCGAUCAAAAGAAAGCAUAUGUAGAGGGGAUGAUCGCUCUGUCUAAGAAGCUUGGAGUCGCCUGGGAGGAUAUGGUUUCCGUUUCUACGGUCGACUCAAUGCAGGGAAACCAAGCCGAUAUUGUCAUCGUCGACUGGGUCAUCACUUCUGGGGAGUCGAGGAACUUGGGCUUCGGCUCCGAUAAUCGCCGCGCCAAUGUUGCGUUAACCCGCGCGCGAGCCUGCCUCAUCGUUGUCGCGAAUGGGCAAAUUAUCAACAACGAUAGACUCGACGGCGAUGAGACCAAGGAAAAGGUGCCCCCAGAGAUACUUGUCCAUUGGAAGCACUUGUUGGACAAUGAUCUCAUUGUCCCGUGCCCUCGUGCUCUGCCCGACAAUGUCGACGACACCGAGCAGUCCCCCUGGAGUCGUCGAUAA